UAUUGCAGGAAAACCCAGACCUUGGUCAAAGGUAUAUAUUGAAGUUAGCAAUGAUAAACAACGUGGACCCAUUCACAUUUAAGACUUCUGAAAUGGAUUAUAGUGUUGAUGGCAUUCCACCAGUCAGUUUCCCUGAUAUCUUUUCAUAUAUCGUUUUAACACAUAGUUUCUACACCAAUGAACAAAUGAAAGCUUACAAAACCCUUGAUGCCCAUAAGUACUUUUCAGCAGGUUUUGUCCUGAAAGUAGGAACAAGGAUUAUGAAUAAUUUUUAUGUUAUGGUUGGAAAGGUGAAGCAUUCACAAAGAGCCAAUGCUAAACCACUUGAGGCAUGGUGUAUUAUUACGAAAGAUGGGUCAAUUUCAAAUGGCCACUGCUCAUGUAUGGCAGGUAACAGUGAAGUGUGUAGUCACAUUGGUGCUUUAUUAUUUGCUGCUGAGUAUGCUUUUAGAAAUAAAAGUACAGUCUCAUGUACCGAUGUGGCUGCUUUAUGGCCCAUGCCAUCACUUGCUACGGUAGUGCCGAUUAUCCCAAUUUCGGAAAUGGACUUUGGAGCAAUGGCUGGUCCUAUACCUAGGGAUAUAUCUGUACCCCCAAUGGAAACAGAAGAUAUCACAAAUCUAUUGAAAAGAAUUGAGGACAUAGGUCAGACUGCUAGUGUCAUGAGGAUAGUGGAGCCAUUUGCUAGCAAGUUAAAUAAAGCUGUAGAGGUGACAUUACCAAAUCUUUUCAAUAUUUUCGAUGAGACAUACAUCUCCGAAAAAUACACUGAAUUGAUGGAAAUAUUUAAAGCAAUCAGUUUAUCUUUGACUGCUGAAGAAGUUUUGUUGAUUGAGCAACAUACUCGUGGCCAACAUGCGUGCAACAAUUGGCAUGUACAAAGAGCAGGACGCAUAACAGCAUCAAAAUUCAAAGCUGUCUACAGAACUAAUAAAGAAUCCCCAUCAUUAUCUCUGAUCAAGAGCAUAUGCUACCCAGUAAAUGCAUCAUUUACAUCAAAAGCCGCAUUGGGGAUUGCGCCAUGAAAAUGUUGCUGUGGGAGAGUAUCAGAAGCAGAUGGAAGAAAAACACGAGCAUUUCAGUGUAACAGAUGUAGGCAUAUUUGUGAGUUCAAAGUGGCCACAAUUGGGAGCAUCUCCAGACAGACUCGUAAGAUGUGAAUGCUGUUUGGGAGGAGGGUUGAAGGUGAAGUGUCCUUAUCUUCUUCAUACCAAAGGCACAAAGGAUAUAAAGGAAUAUGCGAGAAGUAAAAACAGUUGCAUAGAACUGAGGCAUGAUAAUACCAUAAAUUUGAAAAAAGAUCACACCUACUAUUAUCAGGUACAAAUGCAAAUAUUUAUUUGUGAUUUAAAUCAUUGUGAUUUUGUAAUUUGGUCUCCAUCCUUCUUUUUUAAAGAAAGGAUAUUUCCAGAUUUGGAGUUUUGGAACCAAAAUUCCCAAAUCGCGCUGAAAUUUCACCGUGAAGUAAUUAUGCCUGAGCUCUUAGGAAGAUAUUUCACCCGAAGUGAAGGAAGCGAAGGUUAAUUAUUGGUGUACAUGUAAGGAUGUUGACGAUGUAGAUAGCCAGGACCAUUGUUUCGGUGGGCCUGAAUUAUCUUCCUCUAUUGUUAUAUCUAUACCAAGCUGCUCGAAAGAUGUCAGUACUCCUUCAAGGAGUUAUGGAAAGAAAAGAAAAAUUUUUGAGGACAUAGACAUGGAAGUAUUAAAUACUUUAAAGGAGAUGAAAGAUUUAAGAUCACAGGCUCCUACGGAAGAUGAGGAUGACGUUUUCUGUCGGGCUGUUGCUUGUGAGUUGAAGAAAAUAACAGAUAUGAAAGAAAAGCAAAGAAGAAAGGUGAAAAUAUUUUUAAUUGCAAUUAGGAAUGAAAAUUCUUCAAUUUUUAAUACUU